AUGUGCUACAAAGUCGUCGAGCGCUACUCCGUCUGCAAAUGUCUCUAUUUCGAACACUCCAUCGACCCCUGUCAAGCCUACGGCCAACGCGGCCAUACAGUGCAGGAAAAGACCGUCCUGGUCGGCUACGCGUGUGAUCGUCACUCGCGUUCAUCUGGUGGACCCCGCAGGUCGGAUUCCGGGUAUUCAAGCGAAAAAGGGUCUUGUCGGUGA